AGAUACUUAUGUCACUAAUGACAGAAUUUCUGGAAUUUGGAAAAACAGAUGGCGGUAGAUUUGACUUUCUUAUAAAUACUUACGCAGAUGUUUAAGAACACUUGAAUGGAAGAAGUACCUAUGUGAAUUGAAAUAACAGUUUGCCCUUAUUGAGUUCUCUGUUUAAUAUCACCUGGAAAACGAUCAACCUGGUAUUGCUGCACAUGGAAGAAAAGACGUUGUUAAUGGCAAUGCUGAUUGCCUGCAUUGUUGUAAUUACAGCUGAGAAGUACUGUCCUGAAAUCAAGAAUACUCAGUGUGAGCUGUAUUAUAGAAUAAACGACUGUUGUUUACAAAGUGACUGCCGCUCAUAUGCAGUCUGUUGCAAAGGUCGUUGUGGGAACGUAUGCCAGACGGCGAAAGAUGCACCAACAAAUGGAGUGGCUGUUAAGGACGGAGAAGAUUGCAAGCUUGGUAAUGUGUAUCCGAAAACAGGUUUUGAAUGGUUAUUUGGGGAAAAAUCAAGAUAACAUGCCUAGAAAAAAGCUUCAUUCCGAAAAGCAGUCUUAUCAGUUCUAUAUGUUUCUAUAACUGAUACUGCCUUUUACAUUCUAAUAUGGCUGUACUUUUUAUCUAUGAAUCUUUUCCAGUGGUUGUAAUAAACACAUACAGAAUAAAAAUUAAUGCAUAUAAA